ACUUUUCCCACCUUUUUACCCUCUCUCUCUCUCCGCAUCAUCGUAAAACUCACACACUCUCUCUCUCUCUCUUCGCCUCUGUUCAUCCUCUCUUUCUCUCUCUUCAUUCUCUCUCCAUCACGAUGAACGGAGAGAAAGAUCUCGCCGGAGACGGAGAGUGCUCACGAACCAAAACCUCAAAGCCUCGAUUCGCUCAUCUCAACACCGACAACCAAGACGACAGAACCAACCAGUUUCAGAAAGGCGCCCGAUCCAGCAACAACGUCGACGCGUUCUCCUCGAGAUCAUCGCCCAGAUCCGGAAACGAGCUCACUCUCAGCUACCUCUGCGAGAACCGCGACCUCUCCGAGAGAAUCGCCGAAAGUCAAAAGGGCAAAGAGGUCGUAACCUUCUCCGAGAAUCCGACCCACCACCACGACAACGAGGAGGAUGAGAAAUGGAUCGAGAGAGACUUCUUCAACCUCAGAGAACCCAAUCCGAAUCCUUCCAAGCGAAAGGCUCACGACGAGGUCAAACAAGAAGCGGACGAAGAAGAAGAGAAGAAUAAAAACAAGAUCGAGACUUUAAACCUCUCUCUAGCUUUACCCGACGUCUCUCUCUCGCUAACGGCCUCAAACGCCGUCAAAAGACCGAGGGUAAACAGCGAAAGAACAACGACGUCGUUUUCCAACGACUUCACGGCGACGACGGCGCCGUCGAUGUCUUACUCCUACUCCCACCCUUUCUCCCACAACCUCAGCUGCUCCGCCGACUUCGACUGCUCCGUCGAGAAAGACGACCGCAUCUGGUGCGCCGGCGAAGGAACCAACGGAUCCGUUCACAGCCGGUUCAGACCCGUCGGCGACGGCGGCGUCGCGCUCGCCAGAACCCCAAUCUCCGCCGCCAAACCGUCCUCCUCCUCCGACUACUCCUUCUUCCCUUCCGAGCUACCGGCUCGCCCGGGGAUGGAGGUGACUCUCUCCGGCGACUCGAGGAAGAAGUUAGAAGAAAGCGAUGACGUCAGAUCUGAGAGGGUCCUAUACGACAUCGUUUCGAAGUCUAUCUCCUCGGCAGCGUUGAUUAUUCAAGGGAUGGCUGAUGAGACACUCGAGUCAGCUAAAGAGUAUUUAAGGAACCUGAUCGAUUCGCCUGAGAAGAAGGAGAGGCUGACGAGUCUUCAGAGCCAGAUAGACAAAAGAUCCGAUCUUUGCAAAGAGACCUUGUCCAAAUGCGUCAAGGAUCAGUUAGACAUCUUGGUCGCCGUGAGAACAGGGCUUAAGUACUUCCUCUCUGGUAAAAUCCGUAUCCCUAUGAACGAGCUGGUGGAGAUCUUUAUGUUCCUGAGAUGUAGGAACGUGAACUGCAAGUCUUUGUUGCCUGUUGAUGACUGUGAGUGCAAGAUCUGUUCCAACAACAAAGGCUUUUGUAGCUCGUGUAUGUGUCCUGUCUGUUUGAAGUUUGAUUCGGCUAGCAAUACUUGUAGUUGGGUGGGAUGUGAUGUUUGUUCUCAUUGGUGUCACGCUGCGUGUGGGAUUCAGAAGAAUCUUAUCAAACCGGGACUUAGCUUGAAAAGUCCUCGGGGUAAUAAGACGGAGAUGCUGUUCCAUUGCAUUGGGUGCGCUCACAAGUCGGAGAUGUUUGGUUUCGUUAAGGAUGUGUUCGUGUGUUGCGCUAAGAAUUGGGGACCUGAGACUCUGGUCAAGGAGCUUGAUUGCGUUGGAAAGGUUUUCAGAGGGAGUGAUGAUGCUAAAGGCAAAACAUUGCAUCUCAAAGCUAAUGAAAUGGUCAAGAAGCUAGAGAGUAAACAGAUUUCUCCUGCUGAUGCAUCUAACUUCAUCAUUCAGUUUUUCAACUAUGCGGAGUCGGUAUCAGAGUUUCCGGAACCUAAGGAGCAAACAGUUGUAACAGAGACAAGCUACAGAAAAGAUGAAGCAUCUGUGACGCCUUCAACAUCCAAGGAUCAAAUUAAGAAGAGCUUUGCGUUGACCGAUGCAAUGAUGAACAGUUUCGAUAGUUUAGAGAGCAUGGUGAGAAUCAAGGAGGCUGAGACAAGAAUGUUUCAGAAGAAAGCUGAUGAGGCGAGGAUAGAGGCAGAGAGUUUCAGGAGGAUGAUAGAAAUGAAGACUGAGAAGAUGGAGGAGGAGUACACAGAGAAGCUAGCGCGGCUGUGUCUGCAGGAGACGGAGGAGAGGAGGAGGAAUAAGCUCGAGGAGUUGAAGAAGCUCGAGAACUCUCACUGUGAUUACAGGAACAUGAAGCUGAGGAUGGAGGCUGAGAUUGCAGGAUUGUUGAAGAGAAUGGAAAGUACAAGACAACAAUUAGUAUGAAUGAAUCUGAAAUAACAGAGCUUUCUUAAUUAUCCAUUUCUUUGUUUCUUGUUGUCUUUUUUUUUUUUGUCAAAUGUUUCUUGUUGUCUUUUGUGGUAAAAAUAUCAGUGAUAACUUCUUUAUUUCUAAGGUUUUUUAAAAUCUAAAACUUCAGUUAUUUUACUAAUAAUAAUUACACAUAAUUUUUAUGUUUA